AGAGGAGUUUCCCAACCAGAAAUUGAAGUCGUGACACCCGCUGCAACCUCCCGAGACCCGAUUAACCUCAUUCCCCGCAUUCAUGACCUUCGAACGAAGGACCUACUAAGGUCGAUGCCGCCUUCGGAGAAGUCGCCUUUGGAUAGUAUCAAUAAGUUCUCCGGCUCCCCAUCGAAGAGAAAGCUUCACGACCAACAUCAGCACGUCGACGUGUCAAAAACAAACCGAAAUCCUUCCUCCGCGACCCCUGAGACUGCUGCAACUAGCCCAGACCCCGCACGCCCUACGAUCCCCCCCUCUGGUUUCAAACGACUGAAGACGUCGCAUUCGGCAGGCAAUCUUCAGAAGCCCGCAGACAUGAGUAAGGUGAUGGGCAGACCGCGGCCCACACCGGUAGACCUGACCGGUGGGGGGAAGUCGAAUUUCCAACCACAUACUGGGGCAAAGAGACUGGUCAUCAAGAAUUUGAAACCGCAGAAGGAUACGGAGCUUUACUACACCAAGUUAUGGAAUGAAGUUGACUCGGCUAUAACAUCCGUGCUCAAUGUUGAACAGCCUAAUACGGCCUUGGACUCGUUAAGCCGCAGUGUCGAAGACCUGUGUCGUCACAGGGAGUCAGAAAAGCUAUCUUCACAUCUCAGAGACCGCUGCAAAAUAUACCUUGAGAAAGACCUCCUUCCGUUGAUUGAGAGCCAUGCGGGACCAAGCAACGUAGACGCGCUGCGAGCUGUGUAUAAAUACUGGACAAUAUGGAACGAGCAAUCUACCCUCCUCCGUUCCAUAUUCAGUUACCUUGAACGAUCCUAUCUCCUGCAUACGAAAGAUGCUAUUCAAUUAGAAGAUCAAGGCAUCAAUCAAUUCCGACACGCAGUCUUCACAAAGAGUAAAGCAGCUUCUAAAGGUCAAUCGCUAGGUGGAAAAGUUGUAUCUGGAAUCUGUGACCUGGUUGAAUACGACAGGAUCGGCCAGGAUGACCUAUUCGAUGCCAACCUUUUAAGGGACUCAAUAUCGAUGUUCCACAUCUUUGGGAUCUAUGGAAAGUCAUUCGAACCUAGAUUUCUCCAUCUUUCCGAAGAUCACUUCCACGCAUUCGUCCGAGAUCGUAGCAAUUCGACUAUGAAGGAUUACAUAUACUUUUGCGACAGAGUACUUGCUCGAGAGGCUCUUCGUUGUCAUGCGUACAACUUUGAUAGUACCACAAAAAGGGGACUGUUUGAUUCUGCCCAUAAAAUUCUCAUCGAGGAUUGUAGAGAGAUCUUGCUAAACCCUACUGGGCUUUCAAAGUUGAUUGAUGCUAACGAGAUAAUAUCCUUGAAGGCGCUUUACAACUUGCUUUCUCUGUCGAAAAUACAGCAAGAUCUCAGGAAACCCUUUGAGAGCCACAUCAAGACGGUUGGCUCCUCUAUUGUUCGAGAUGUCGAAAAGGUUGAUACUAUGGUUGUUCAACUACUUGAGCUAAAGAGAUCAUUGGACCUCAUAAUACGCGAUGGUUUUGACAAGGAUGAAACAUUUUCAUACAGUCUUCGUGAGGCGUUUGGUAACUUCAUUAAUGACCGCCAGAACACAUCCGUUUGGGGUACAAAUAACUCCAAGGUGGGUGAGAUGAUUGCAAAAUACAUGGAUCAACUUCUUCGUGGAGGUCUGAAAGCAGUUCCUCGUUCGCUUGCCUCGGAUGCUAAGGAUCGGGAUACCGCUGAAAAGCAAGGCCAGGCAAGCACUGGGGAUGAAGAUGCCGAACUCGAUCGACAGUUGGAGCAGGCCCUGGAGCUCUUCAGGUUUAUUGAAGGAAAGGAUGUGUUCGAAGCUUUCUACAAAAAAGAUCUUGCCCGACGACUCCUUAUGGCCCGUAGUGCAAGUCAAGAUGCCGAAAGGAGUAUGCUUGCUAAGUUGAAGAGCGAGUGUGGCUUUACAUUUACGCACAACCUCGAGCAGAUGUUCAAAGACCAAGAGCUCGCCAGAGACGAGAUGAUAUCGUACAAACAAUCCCUCAGCAAUACCAGCAGAACCACUCUCGAUCUCCAAGUCAGCGUUCUCUCCCAAGCAGCUUGGCCCACGUAUCCUGUUGUGGAGGUCAACAUUCCAUCCGAGGUGGCGAAACAUAUUGAGAAGUAUGAACUUCACUACAGACAUAAGCACACUGGACGCAAACUGGAAUGGAAGCAUGCCCUCGCUCACAGCGUUGUCGUCGGUCAUUUCAAUAAAGGUAGAAAAGAGCUGCUUGUUUCGGCCUUCCAAGCUAUCGUUCUCGUCCUCUUCAACCAUCUCGGCGUAAAGGAUGGGAAACAAGAGCACUUGUCAUAUGGCGACAUCCAAACCGCAACCGGUCUCGUGGACGCCGAACUCGAGCGCACACUUCAAUCCCUCGCAUGCGCAAAAUUCCGUAUUCUCACCAAACAUCCUAAGGGCCGAGAUGUCAGUUCAACAGAUACAUUUACCGUCAAUCUUGGCUUCGUGGAUCCGAAGUUCAGGAUCAAAAUCAACCAAAUUCAGCUCAAGGAGACGAAGGCGGAGAAUAAAGAAACUCAUGAAAGGGUUCACCAAGAUCGACAAUACGAGACUCAAGCUGCGAUUGUGCGGAUUAUGAAGAGCAGGAAGACGAUGACGCAUCCUAAUCUUGUGGCUGAAGUUAUCAAUCAAACGAAGGCACGGGGUGCUGUCGAGCCUGCUGAGAUUAAGAAGAAUAUUGAGAGGUUGAUUGAGAAAGAGUAUAUUGAGCGUGAGGACGGAGGAUCGUACGUCUACGUAUCGUAG